AUGGCUGCAGCGUGCCAGCUUAUUGGACCAAUUUUGCAGUUGAAGAUAGCCCCAAGGGUGUAUACCCCUUUGGUGACACAGUCCACCAUGACUGCACGACUACUUCAUCCCGAUGAAUGGGAGCUUGCCUCACGAUCCUCAAUUGACUCGCAGGGGACGUUCAACCUCGAUGAUGCUGAUUUUGAAGCCCAAGUCCCUUCUUCAUCCAAAUUUGGCGAACGCCAACUUCCCUGGCUCUCUCGGAUAUUCUCCUCGGCGGCAGCGGGUUAUCGCCGUCUGAACAGCACUUCCAGACCGGCCCUCGCAGGCACACCACGACCGAGCUGUUCUCGACGUUUCUGUAUUCGCCGCUGUUGCUACCUCCAUGUCGUCGCCGGCAUCGUUUUUGUCCUCGCACUUUUCACAUCGAUACUCUUCCCGUCAUAUACCCAUCUGCCCGCGCAUUAUUCUACACUCCGAAAGUCAGUACUCGAGAGCUCAUAUCCCGGACGAGGCAAUCCCCGCCACGAGAAGGUCUUUAUUGCAGCAAGUCUGUAUGAUAGGGGUGGCGAGCUUGCGCAGGGCCAGUGGGGAACACAACUCCUGGAAUUGAUUGAUCUGCUUGGGCCUGACAAUGUGUUCCUGAGUAUCUACGAGAAUGACAGCGGUGAGGAGGGAGAGCGCGCAUUGCGCGCGUUAGCGGAGCAAGUGCAGUGCCAGAAAUCCAUUGUCUCUGAAAAGCACCUGGACCCGAAGACUAUACCGACUGUGACCAUUCCCGGUGGAUCAAAGCGAAUCAAGCGCAUCGAAUAUUUGGCCCAGGUUCGGAACCGAGCACUACAACCAUUGACCGACCACCCGGAUAUGAAACUCGAUAAGCUACUCUAUCUGAACGAUAUUCUCUUCCACCCCGCCGAUGUCCCCCAGCUCUUAUUCUCAACAAAUGCCAAUGAAGACGGCAUCGCCCAAUACCGUGCAGCCUGCGCCGUAGACUUCGACAACCCCAUCAAAUUCUACGACACAUACGCCACCCGCGAUCUUGAAGGUUACAGCAUGGGUCUCCCCUUCUACCCGUGGUUCACAUCAUCCGGCAAAGGCGAGAGCCGAAGCGAUGUGCUGGCCGGCAAAGACGCAGUGCGAGUGCGCAGCUGCUGGGGCGGAAUGGUGGCAUUUGAUGCUAAAUACUUCCAAACCGGCUCACCGCCUACAACCCCCAACCCAGCACGCUUCCGCUCCGGGCACGAUCUCUUCUGGGAGGCGUCUGAAUGCUGCCUCAUCCACGCGGACGUCCAAGACCCGCAGACCAAUGUCGACGAGAUCACCGAUACGGGCAUCUACAUGAACCCGUUCGUGCGGACCGCUUAUGACCACCGUACUCUCUCUUGGCUGGGAAUCACCCGCCGCUUUGAGGGGCUGUACUCGUUCCUUCACAACCUUGGCAAUCACCUUGUCGGUCUGCCUUGGCAUAAUCCCCGUCGUGCGGAAGUCCCCGGUCAAAUUGUGCAGGAGACUGUGUGGGUUCCGGAUGCUGCGCAGGAUGGUGGCGGCUCUUUCCAGGUCGUUGAUCGGGUUGCGGGCAAUGAUGGCUAUUGUGGUCGUCGUGGCCUUCAAGUUAUUGUUGAAGACCGUAAGCCCGGCCAAAAAGGAUUCGAGAAUAUUCCUGUCCCGUUCUGUCGAGUUCACCAUGGCCAUCACCUCAGAAGCAUUGAUCUCAGUCUGGUCACAUCUACCAGCUAUCCUUGUCGCCCUUGCCUUAUUUCACUUCACCGCAAUUAUCCCAAACCAGGAGUAGCCUCAAUCCCCGGACCCUUACUGGCUAAGAUAACGAACCUUUGGAGAUUCAUCGAUGUCGCCAAUGGCCGUGUACAGGUGAUGCUUCAUAACCUCCACCAAAAGCACGGAGACUAUGUUCGACUGGGACCCAACGUGGCCAGUGUGCGGAAUUUGGAUGCCUUGAAAACUAUAUAUGGCAUUAAUAAGGGAUACCAAAAGGUGUGUUCGAAUUACAAGAAACUGAUUGAACCUUCCGCUAACAUUCGCAACACAAAUUUCUAUUCUGUUCAGCAGCAGCUUGCCAAAGGCAGACCGACGCCUACACUAUUUACUACAAUGGAUGAAAAUUUCCAUGCUGCUAUUAAAAGGCCUGUCUCAUCAGCUUACUCGAUGAGUACUCUGACCGAGUUCGAGCCUUUUGUCGAUAGGACUAUCCAUACUUUAUUUGGGAAACUGGAUGGGUUCGUAGCUGAAGCAAAAGUAUGCGAUAUUGCUGCUUGGCUACAAUACUAUGCAUCUGAUGUCAUCGGAGAAUUGACAUUCAGUAAGCCACUUGGGUUCCUCGAGAAAGGGAAUGAUAUCGACGGAAUCAUCGUCGCAUUGGAGCAUAUGCUCGACUAUGCCGGAAAACUUUCCGGAGGGGGGUCGACCGGAGCUGUGGCUCGCUUUGCUCGCACACGACUAGACGAACGAUUGAACCAGAAAAGGACGUCACCAGUGGCCGACACACAUAAGGACUUUCUCGAUCGGUUUUUGGAAGCGAAAAAGGAGCACCCGGCUAUUGUAAACGAUAAUCAAGUCUUCUCAUAUACGAUCAGCAAUAUGAAUGCUGGCUCAGACACGACGGCGAUUUCCCUCCGAGCAAUACUUUAUUACACCCUUAAGAACCGCCGAGCAAGUAUGAGACUAUGCCAAGAGCUCACCGUCGCCUUGGAAGAUAAUCGGAUCUCUUUACCUGUCUCGUGGAAGCAAAGCCAAGAGCAACUGCCUUACCUCGACGCAGUGAUUAAAGAAGCACUACGACUUCACCUGGCCGUGGGAUUGAUGCUUGAGCGGGUCGUGCCCGCUGAGGGACUUCAGCUUCCUGAUGGCCCUUUUCUACCGGCUGGGACGAUAGUUGGUGCUAAUCCGUGGAUAAUACAUCGUCAGCUGGUCUUUGGGGAGGAUGUGGGGUCAUUUGUUCCCGGACGGCGGUUCAAGAUGGAUACUGAGUCUGAGACUGAUUUCCAGGACAGAAAGCAGAAGAUGCUUCGUGCGACAUUUACUUUCGGCGCUGGACCAAGGACUUGCAUUGGCAAGAAUAUCAGUCUGCUAGAGAUCUAUAAGCUGAUUCCAUCGCUACUUCUAAGAUACAAGGUGAGAAUAUGGUUCCAAAAUGAGAUUUGA